GGAGGGGAGACGCGACAGAUCCCGUGAUACAAACAGGACAGAGGCACUGCAGGAACGUUGAGAGGGAACUCCCAAAUUCAAGUGUUAGAUGAGGUCACACGCCCGCCAGCAGCUUCAGGGCACGGGAGACUGUUGCCAAGAGGAGGGAAGGUGGCAGCUCCAGUGGUGUGAUCCCCCCCAGUGAGGUGAAGGUGCUGGACUCCCAGCUGUGCUCUCCAGACCACUCCAGCCCCUCUGGACCUUGAUCUGUGCACUCGAACAAGCUGGAAAUGCUUUUCAAGCCCCCUCCAGCCAUGAGCUGCUGAGGAGAUCAGGGGAGUGGAGAGCAGUCUGAAGACCUUCAGACCCAUCCAAAACCUCCUUUCCUGGAGCCAGCCUGCAGGGAAUCCUGCCUCCCCACCUGCUGAUUUUCUGCAGAUGUGCUGGUAUCCAGGAUGGAGAGAGAAGAGAGUGAGACCCUGGCCAAUGAGGUGGAAGAGAUGAGUGGAAGAGCCGACGUGACCCUGGACCCAGACACCGCCAACCCCUUCCUCAUCCUGGCUGGCGACCAGCGAGGCGUGGGACGGGGGGAUGAGUGGUCUUCGCUGCCCGACAACCCCGAGCGGUUCGACACGGAGCCGUGUGUGCUGGGCAGCCAGGGCUUCACUGCAGGGAGGCACUGCUGGGAGGUGGAGGUGGCCAAGGCAGGGGACUGGUGGGCUGUGGGGGUGGCCCAGGAGUCUGUCAGGAGGAAAGGGGUCCUCAGUUUUACCCCCCAGGAGGGGAUCUGGGCCGUGGGGCAGUGGUUUGGACAAUACCAUGCUUUCACUGAUCCUGACUGGACCCCCCUGCACCUUGCCUGUCUCCCCAGGGCCAUCCAGGUCUGCCUGGACUUCACAGACAGGCAGGUGGCAUUUGCUGAUGCUGAAAACAAAGCCCCAAUCUUUGCUUUCUGCCUGGCUUCAUGUCCUGGGGAGAGGCUAUGCCCAUGGCUCUGGGUGGGGAUGGACUCGUGGCUCAAGCUGUGUCCUUGACGCGGAGGGAGCGUGGGUAGCAGGAGGGGAGACUGGAAAGGCAAACACCAUCGUCUUGGGGCUUGGUGCUGGGAACUGGGAGGGUCCUGCGUCCUGCCAGCCUCUCCUCACAUGGUUCCUCUGGCCACCAAGUGGGAGGACUGUCAGGUCUUGGAGAUGGACACCGCCAAAGAGGCUCCUUCAUCCCCACC